GGGCAGGGGGAGGAAUACUCUCUUGGAAAUGUAAUAUUGGCCUUGGGGCUCUCCAGCCCUUUGGGCUUUCCAAUGGGAUCUUAGAAGCAGCCGAAGCAGCGUGAAGGGCAGCAACCCCAAGCCAGCCAGGAGUUGAACACUCUGCCCUACAGCUCUUCUGGAUCGAGGAGCCCAAAGCCCUGCCCUCACCGUUCACCAGGUCACAGUUUUUGUCUGCUUGAACACACAUGGCUUUGUUACGAAAAAUUAAUCAGGUGUUGCUGUUCCUUCUGAUUGUAACCCUCUGUGGGAUCCUGUAUAAGAAAGUUCAUAAGGGAACUGUGCUCAGGAAUGAAACAGAGGAUGACUCCGAGCCUCCUGAGGAAAUGGAGGAGGAGAUUCCUGUGGUGAUUUGUGCCGCGGCAGGGAGAAUGGGUGCCACCAUGGCUGCCAUCAACAGCAUCUACAGCAACACUGAUGCCAACAUUCUGUUCUACGUCGUUGGGCUCCGGAACACUCUGUCUCGAAUCCGAAAAUGGAUCGAACAUUCUAAACUAAGGGAAAUAAACUUUAAAGUCCUGGAAUUCAACCCUAUAGUCCUCAAAGGGAAGAUCAGACCAGAUUCAUCGAGGCCUGAACUGCUCCAGCCUCUGAACUUUGUUCGAUUUUAUCUCCCUCUGCUUAUCCAUCGACAUGAGAAAGUCAUCUAUUUGGACGAUGACGUCAUUGUGCAAGGUGAUAUCCAAGAACUCUAUGACACCACCUUGGCCCUGGGCCACGCGGCAGCUUUCUCGGGUGACUGCGAUUUGCCCUCGGCUCAGGACAUGAACAGAUUUGUGGGGCUGCAGAAUACAUACAUGGGCUAUCUGGACUACCGGAAGAAGACUAUAAAAGACCUUGGCAUAAGCCCCAGCACUUGCUCUUUCAACCCGGGUGUGAUUGUGGUCAACAUGACGGAAUGGAAGCACCAGCGCAUCACCAAACAACUGGAGAAGUGGAUGCAAAAAAAUGUGGAGGAAAAUCUCUACAGCAGCUCCCUGGGAGGAGGGGUAGCCACGUCCCCAAUGCUGAUUGUGUUUCAUGGGAAAUACUCUGCAAUCAACCCCCUGUGGCACAUAAGGCACCUGGGCUGGAAUCCAGAUACCAGAUAUUCGGAGCAUUUUCUGCAGGAAGCAAAACUACUCCACUGGAAUGGAAGACAUAAACCUUGGGACUUCCCUAGUGUUCACAAUGACUUAUGGGAAAGCUGGUUUGUUCCUGACCCUGCAGGAAUAUUUAAACUCAAUCACCACAAUAGCUGAUAUAACUUAACAUUUUAAGUAUUUCCUACAUAAAAAUGUGGAAUUGUGCAUUUGUAGCCCUACUAUUUCAUUGUUCUUUAUGAAUAGUACCUUCAAGACAUAUGAUCCACAAUGGAAACCACAAAGACUGCUGUGUGCAAACAGUACCCUGGGUCAUGCAGGCAUGGACUCCUUAAGUAUGGGGGGGAUCACGGAAAUCACGAUGAGGUGCGUGAGCUGUAUUGUUGGAAGGAAACAAACCCAUCUCGGUUUCAGCAAUUUGCUUAAUUCUGAAUGACAACUUAUAUUCACAAUUUUUAAAAAUUUCUAGAUGUGUUUUUUCACACACAUCUUUUUUUAGGUAUUUUUUAACAGGUUGCGAGUCUUUCGUAAAACAAUAUAUUCCGUUUAAAACAUGAAUGUCUGAAAAAAUAAAAUAUUUGCAGAUUUUCUAAUGA